AUGGAAGUCAAGCGCAUACGGGUUACCAACCGGAAGCAAUUUAACUUGCUGGUUGACCGGAUGAGCGAGAAUCCUUCGGUAGCAAGAGGGCAGAAGUAUUGUGAGGCGGCUGGAGUAAACCGGCAAACCUAUGACGAUGUUUGGAAGGAUCUGGCAAAUGGCCUUAACAGUUUAGGUCCACCAACCCGGGCGGCCAAAGACUGGCAGAAGGUAUGUCAAUUGAAAAUCAUGUUUGGAUGCGGCGUCAAAAGCAAGUUGGCCCAUAAUAAACGCGAGGCCAGAUCAACCGGUGGCGGGCCGAACAACAUCAAGGUGUUGUCACCAAUCGAAGAGGUGGUGGUAAACUUGUUAUCGUUGGAUAAAUUGGUUAAUCCCUCUGGUGCUUCAUUCGGUUUACCCACUUCGGUGCCAAGCACGAGCAUGCCGGGACCCAGUCGGCCUCGCGAAACACCUUCACCGCCAGGUUCGCCAAUGUUUUCAAGCACCCAGGAAGCAGGGUGUAUUGUCGAAGAGGAAGAAGUGGACGAUAAUGAGAAUGCGGAGAUGACUCGAAACGCCUGUACUUCCCGAAGAAAGCGCAAACAUCCCGAUAACAGGGAUGUUCGCCAAGAACUACUCCUAGCACAAACGGAAGGCAUCAAAAAGAUUGUGGAGAAUACCGGGGAGUGCGCCAGGUAUGCCCGCAAAAUGUUCAAGCUGCGGGAGGAUGAAGCGAAGCAGCGGCGGGCAUAUUUGCUCCAAAAGGAGAAGGACAGGAAGGCUGACUUGGAAUUCAAACUACAAUUACUGAAAUACAAACAAAAAAAACUGGAGCUUCUGGAGCGCCAAAUGAAAAAAAAGUAA